ACGGCGAAAGCGCCCUCCACGCCGUUCCAGGCCACGAGGAAGCGGAGCCGCGGCGGCGGCUGGGGCUCGCUGAAGGCGGUGUCCCGCACGGCCACCCAGCCCUCCAGGCUGUCGGGUUGCGGCUCCAUGAUGGCGGACCCGCGGAACGAAACAGAAACUGACAGACCUUAAAGGCACAGCGAGCACACGGAUUGAGACUUGUCAUCUCACAAGCCUCACUAAGGAUACCAAUGUCAUCCAGAUCUGGCAGCAGAAGAGGGUAUGAAACUAGUGACCAGUUGACUGGUCAUUCAGCAGCCCCAGCAGUCCCAGAGUCUAGUGAGAUUGAGGCUGGAGGCUUGAUAUUUUAUCACAUGGAUCUGUAUGGCUCAAAGGAGAGGUUUGAUAUCUUUCCUGAAGAGCUGUCUGGUCAAGGAGAAAGAUCUCUGGGAGAUACGAGAAGGGAAUCUGCACUGAGUAGUGAAAAAAUUCAGCAUUCACAAGAAGCUGGAUAUGACUUGGAAAAGGAGGUUGCAGAAUUGGCUAAGAUGUAUGGACUCGAUGAGGAUAGAGAAAAAGAGCUUGAGCUUCUUGGAGGACAUCCAGAGAUGGUGGAGAGCAGAUGGCCAUCUGCUCGCACAGAAAAAGCAAAAUCACAAGGCUCUGUGUAUAAUGCAUCAAAAAGCAGCUCUUCAGUGAAAGAUCAAAGUCGAAGCACAAAGCAACGGGGACUUCCUGGUGAGACUUCUCAAGAUGAAGAUGAGAGCAAAGCCAGAGCAGAAGACAAUGCCGAGAGCCCCAUGCGGUCCGGAGAGGGGCUCAGCAGCAGUGGCAUUUCAGAUGAGUGGAACAGUCAGGCUGUCAGUGAGGAGGAGGAAUCAGGGGAUGUUUUUUGUUCUACUUGCAAGAUACCAAUCCGAGCUUUUGACAAACUCUUUGGUGAGCACAAGGAUCACGAGGUGACUAAGCUCCCCAAUGCCAUGGAAAGCGAAAAGGAGGAGAUUCAUAAAAACAUGUGCAAGUUGGAGGAGCAGAUUGCUCAGAUGGAAAACUUUGCCAGUCACUUGGAGGAAAUCUUCAUCACUGUAGAGGAAAACUUUGGGAGGCAGGAGGAGAACUUUGAGGUGCAUUACAACGAUGCAGUGCAAGUGCUUGCUCAGAAGUAUGAAGAACAGUUGGAAGCACUGGGGGAAGAAAAGAGGCAGAAGCUGGAAGCAUUAUAUGGGCAGCUGGUCAGUUGUGGGGAACAUCUUGACACCUGCAAGGAGCUGACAGACAGAACCCAGGAGCUUUACCUGGAAAACGACAAAGCCAAUUUUAUGAAGGCAGCAAUAACCAUGGUUGACAGGCUAGAAGAAUUUUUAAAAAAAGAAGUGGAUUUAGAGCUUUCAACAGUGCCAGACUUUGAGGAGCGGGUCAUAGAUGUCUCUGAAGUUGAGCAACUAAUGAACUCCAUUAAUAUUAUUCCAGCGCCUUGCGCCCCUGUGAUCAACCCCCAGGCUCCCAGUGCAGCAACUGGAACCUCACUGAGAGUUUGCUGGAGCCUCUUCUCAGAUGACACUGUCGAGUGCUACCAACUGUGCUAUAAAACAGUGAGCAAUGAGAGGCGCAGUGACGAACAACCAGAGCAUACGCUGAAAGUCAAAGAAACAUACUGCACCAUUACUAAUCUGCUGCCGAAUACACAGUAUGAAUUUUGGGUCAGUGCUUUAAAUGCCACUGGUAUCAGUCCACCAAGUGAAAGAACAGUUUAUGUAACAGCUCCUUCACCACCUACCAUAAACAGUAAAAAGAUUCGAAGUUGUGAAAAUGCAGCACUGGUAUGCUGGGAAUCUGGAGACAUUAACCCUGUUGAUUCCUACACAGUUGAAUUGUCCAAGCUGGCAGAUGAGGAAAACGGUGAUACUAUUACUGAAUCAAUUGUGGGGAUUCCUAACUGCGAAGUUCUAAUUCACCUCCAGCCAACACAAAGCUAUCACAUCUGUGUUAGAGCCCUAAACCUGGGUGGUUCCAGUGAAAGAAGUGACCCUGUCCUGAUACAUACCACAGGCACCUACUUCUGCCUUAACGAGGAUACAGCCCAUCCUUUGCUGGCAAUUCUAGAUGAUGGAUUUACAAUUGCAUGCGAUGAACUGGAAAACCCAGAGUGUGAUCUGCCCGUCUAUGAUAACAGCUUUACAAGGUGCAUUGGGAUCCUGGGCAGUCUGAUUCCAUUUCCAGGAAAGCAUUACUGGGAGGUAGAAGUUGAGGAAGAUACAGAGUACAGAAUUGGCGUGGCUUUUGAAAACACUCCAAGACAUGGUUAUUUGGGGACAAACAACUCAUCCUGGUGCAUGAGGCAUAUCAUCACACCAUCAAGGCACAAAUAUGAAUUCCUACACAGUGGGAUGACACCAGACAUCAGAAUUACUCUCCCCCCUAGAAGGAUUGGCAUCUUGCUGGACUAUGAGAACUGCAGACUGUCAUUUUUCAACGCAGAUAUUGCCCAGCACCUGUACACGUUCAACUCACAUUUCCAGCAUUAUGUUCACCCCUGCUUUGCUUUGGAAACACCUGGUAUCUUACGGAUACGUACUGGAAUUGCAGUACCCCCAUGGACUGCCCUUCCAUAACCUGUGUUCUGCAGCUACCAUACCUGCAUUUAACCCACAGUGAGCAAUGUCCUCUCCAAGCAUUAACUAUUCCAUCACACUCCCUAUAAACCAGCUAUCUCCCAGGAAAGAGCAAAGUGACCCUAACUGACACCAGCUGCCAGGCCUAAGCCCUUACAAUUUCUGUCCUCUUGGGCAGGGUCUUAGUCAAAAACCAUUAUGGUCACAAUUCCACCAGCAUCCCAGAAUUCUCCAGUUGGAAAUGGAUACCAUCCUUCUCAGAGGUGACACUUGUCACCAUGCUGCAGUGGCAGCUGGAUCAGUGUUUCCUCAGUGCCCAUCUGAUGCCCUGCGAACCCCCAUGCUCCAGAGCAUUCAUUAAUUCCACUCUUGUGUUUGCUGAAGAGCUAAAAAUUCAAAGAAAACCAAAAAUAGCACAAGGCUAUUUAAACCACAACACAUAAUCACAGUACUGCUGCUAGACCGAGCCAAAAAUACUGCAACCAUGAAGCUGAUUCAUAAUCAAGUAGUCUUGUUGCUACAUGAAGUCUGUGACACAAGAUAACCAAAUACACCUCCUCUGUUAGUGCCUACCAUGCACAGGGAGACUUUGAC